AUGCACCAGGAAAGAAUAUGCCAUUGGCUUGGCCGGAGGACCUGCACGCAUAAUAGGACAUUCCUCGAUCUCCCGGCUCCCAUCCGACGGCGAAUCUAUGAUUAUGCAGGUCUCUUCAGCGGAAAAUCGAUCUAUGUACACUCAUUAAAGCAACAUCACGAAGACCUUGACGGGGAAAAUCAUAACAAGAAAAUAUUCGAAAGUGACCCUUGCGACUGGUGUGAUACGCUCCAUUUCACAUUCCGCCUCCUUCAGACUUGCAAAGCCGUCUAUGCCGAAGUUAGUGCUGUGGUCUACUCUGAGAAUGUCUUCCUCGUUCCUUACCGGGCCGUAGAUGACGGUCUCCGUAUUCUCGGCAAUAUUACUCCUCAUGCUUGCAACAAGCUGACCAACUUAUUCGUGCAUCUUAGCCGUGUUGGCUACUGUCCCGGAAAUUAUAUCUUGGACGAUAUAAAGAUCGAGCCUAUUCGAAAAAGUCGCGUUGCUGCGUGGCAAAAGGCUGCAAAGCAUAUUCUCACAUACUCAAAUCCUCAGAAGCUUAGCUUAUACUUUAUCUGCAACGUAUAUCCGCAGAUGCGUAUCGUCCCUGAUGUGCUGGCACCUUUUCAUGAUUUCCCCGGAAGUCUUAAGGACUGCGCCCUGCGUCUUAAUUAUAGUAAAGAUAAUCACAGCAAAGAUGAUCUCUAUUAUAUGGCGCGACAAGCAGCCAUCAUAGUGUCAGACAAACCUACUCAUCUAGAUCAGCCUUUCCGGUUCCUUGAUCUUCCGCAAGACCUCCAGCAGUCAAUACUCAAAUACACCGAUCUAAUCACCCCUACGAACGAGGUCCGGUGGAAUCCACAACGUGGAUUUUAUUAUAAAUUUCCUAGAGAGGAAUUGUCUGCGGAAUACUACGACCGUCGUGUAUUUCAAUAUUGUGCAGAUUAUCAUUUCGAGCUUGGAUGUUUUUGCAUGCGUGAUCACUGUGUUUACUCCUCUCGCUGCCGAUGCUGGCGUCCCCCGCAGGCCUUAUUCCUUGUUAGUCGAGCCAUGUGUGAAUCAUCUCGAGCCGUUUUCUAUUCCUAUAAUCGCAUAAUUAUCAUCCCGCUCGUGGGAAUAUGGAAGGGCCGCUCACCCCUCUUAGCUGGACUCGAAACCUUUAUAUUCAUCACGAAGUUUCUUAAGCCUGAUACACUAUCUUAUCUUCGUUACUUGGAGUUAGUAUGUCCACCUUUUCAGACGCAUGACCCUUUGACAUCGUCGGAUCCCGUACCGUACGUUCACUGGCAGAGUAUCAUCGACUCCCUUAGAACCCAUGCAAACCUCCCCGCCUUAACAAUAGCCGUCUAUAUGACUCGCUUUGAACCGCCAAUAUACAGCAUAGGUAAUGACAGUCGUCAGAGGGUGACCGAUAAAGCAUUUGAAGAGGGCAAUUUCACCAUGGAUAGCGAUCAAGAUUUGACGCUGAGACCCUAUCUGGACAUUCUGCUGCCCUUUCGAUCGCUGACACGUAUGGGACGGUUCUUUGAGAUCAAUUGCCGUCUGUCAGAAGUGGAAAUGUGUCUCGAGCAGAAGGUAAUGGGCAGUGGGUACGACAGCAGAGCGUUGGGGAAAGCGGACAUUAAACUUAGCCAAUGGCUCCAGGCCGUCAGGUCCUAUUUUAGGGACUCACAUUGA